CAUCGUACGUUCGCGAUCUCGCGACGGACGGAUUUUUCUUUGAGGUUUUGAGGUUAACGGCGAUAUUUUCGCGCGUUUCUUCCGCACGUCGUCACCGUCGCUCGAUCUUCUUCUCGCGCCGAAUCGAAAAUUGCGCGUGAAAAUUAAUCCUCGGUUGGAAUUUAUUAUCCCGGACGCUCGCGUUUUCGUGCGAGUCAUCUCGCGCGUCUCUUCCACGUUCUCUCCCCCGUGCCCGAGUCUUCUUUCCUCGCGAAAAGUCCCUGACGACGUCAGUGACAAACGUUGAUACGGCGGAUACAUAGCGCGACGGCCAUCUUUGAGUGUUUAAUUGCCACACACAGGCGAAAUUCUACUCCGUCGGCGGUCGUCUGCCUUGAGAGACGGGGGACUCGAACGAGGAGAGAGAGAAAGACAGAGAGAGAGAGAGAGAGAGAGUGAGCGAGCGAGCGAGCGGGAGAAAAGUGAGAGAAAAAGAGACAGAGCGGAAGAUAUCGGGAAAGAGACCGGAGCGGAUCCCGCGCGAUAGAGAGAGAUAAAGAAAAAGUAGUACACGCACGGUGCGUGUCGUCGUCGUUUAUAGGUGGCUCAAAUUAUCGCGCGGGCGAACGGACACGGCUCUUUAGCCAGGCCAAAGUGUGUGCGGUUUAUUGUGACCCGUAUUCGCGUCGACGAUCCGUGUGUUUCUUGUUGUCGACAAGGACUUUUUUUCGCGCAGCGCAGCAAGAUCGUGCGUAUUCAUGGAGCUCGCACCGCGGACUAGGAGCUAGCUCUAUUCUUCACUGUAAAUUUUAACGACUCCGUAACGGGAGGAUAGCAGAGAGUUGGUGUUUUGUAUUCGUCUGCACUUGGUUUUUUUGUGAAGCUUGUGGCAUAUAAACACAAAAUCUCGAGCUGAGAAACAAUGAAUGCCUCAGAACAUGGGUUUAACCCAGCCUUUAACAUGGCCUCCAUAAAACAGGCUAUCAAUGAGGCUGUGGAACGAGUCUCAACAGUUAGGAUGCCUGCGCCAACGCGGUUGAGGGAUCUGAUUAGACAAAUAAGGGCUGCACGAACGGCGGCAGAAGAGAGAACGGUCGUGAAUAAGGAGUGUGCAUAUAUACGUUCGACGUUUAGAGAAGAAGAUAGCGUGUGGAGGUGUCGUAACAUCGCCAAGUUGCUGUACAUUCAUAUGUUAGGAUAUCCAGCGCAUUUUGGACAGUUGGAAUGUUUAAAGCUCAUAGCUUCUCCGAGAUUUACGGACAAACGGAUCGGUUACUUAGGUGCCAUGUUAUUGCUGGACGAACGGCAGGAUGUGCAUCUCUUGAUCACGAACUGUUUAAAAAACGAUUUGAACAGUUCGACGCAGUUUGUCAUUGGUCUGGCAUUGUGCACUCUGGGCGCGAUCGCGUCGCCGGAAAUGGCGCGGGACUUGGCGUCCGAGGUCGAGAGAUUAAUGAAGUCGCCGAACGCGUAUAUCCGAAAGAAGGCGGCGCUCUGCGCGUUUCGGAUCAUCAGACGCGUGCCGGAGCUAAUGGAGAUGUUUUUGCCGGCAACUCGCAGCUUGAUCACCGAGAAGAAUCACGGUGUGCUCAUUACCGGCGUCACUCUCAUCACGGAGAUGUGCGAGAACAGCGUUGACACGUUGAAUCAUUUCAAAAAGAUCGUGCCAAACCUCGUGAGAAUCCUAAAGAAUCUGAUCCUGGCCGGAUAUUCACCCGAACACGACGUGUCCGGAGUGUGCGAUCCGUUCCUGCAGGUCAAGAUACUCCGUCUCCUUCGCGUUUUGGGACGCAAUGACAUCGACGCGUCCGAGGCCAUGAACGACAUGCUUGCUCAAGUCGCGACGAACACGGAGACCAGUAAAAACGUCGGCAACACGAUACUCUACGAGACAGUGUUGUCGAUCAUGGACAUCAAGUCGGAGAGCGGGCUGCGAGUUUUAGCAAUUAACAUAUUAGGCAGAUUUUUGUUGAAUAACGAUAAAAAUAUUAGAUACGUGGCCUUGAACACACUGUUGAAAACGGUGUACGUGGACACGAGUGCGGUACAGAGGCAUCGAUCGACAAUUUUGGAAUGUCUGAAAGAUCCGGACGUAUCGAUUAGAAGACGCGCGAUGGAGUUGAGUUUCGCGCUCGUGAAUUCCAAUAACAUCAGAAACAUGAUGAAGGAAUUGCUAUUGUUUUUGGAGAGAGCCGAUCCGGAAUUUAAAGCUCAGUGCAGCAGCAAUAUCGUGAUGUCCGCAGAAAGAUUCGCUCCAAAUAAACGUUGGCAUCUCGAGACGCUGUUCAAAGUGCUCGUGGCGGCUGGCAAUUACGUACGGGACGACGUGGUGGCUUGCACAAUACAAUUGAUCUCGGAGACGCAGUCUCAGCAAGGUUACGCCGUUGGCGCGCUCUGGAGAGCAUUAGAAAAGGAUACUUCCGACAAACAGCCGUUGGCGCAAGUAGCCACGUGGUGCAUCGGUGAAUACGGCGAUAUGUUAUUGUACGGUCCGCCGUCAGAAGACGCUGAAACCCCGGUCAACUUGACGGAAGACGAAGUCAUCGAUGUGUAUCAGAGGUUACUCUGGAAUCCGCAGAACACCGUGAUUACAAAACAGUACACGUUAUUGUCUCUUACUAAAUUAAGCACAAGGUUCCAGAAAGGUCACGAAAAGAUUCGUCAAAUAAUAGAUACGUUUGGGAGCAACUUGCAUAUCGAGUUACAACAAAGAGGCAUCGAGUUCUCGCAACUAUUUCGAAAAUACGAUCACUUGCGACCGGCGUUACUCGAGCGGAUGCCACCGAUGGAAACCGCGCGACCACAAGCCAACGGUAUUAUAGGCAUGGUGAACGGCGAACAGGAACCGGAAGACGAAAAGCCUACAAUAAUGGAACAAACUACGACUACAUCCGAUUCAAGUGCACUUUUAGAUUUACUUGGAACUACGGAUGUGACAGCGACGGUGAUGCCGCCGGCGGUGACCAAUAAAAAUUCUUCGCCCAAUUCGACCGCGGUAACACAUAAUAACGAUCUGUUAGACUUACUCGGUAGUUUGGAUUUGAAUUCGCCCACGUCCACCACCUCUACGCUGCCGUUACAACCGCAGACGUCGUCGACGUCGUCCAUGUUGUUCAGUUCCACCGACAACUUUUUGGUGGACGGACUGCUCAGUACUCCGACUGCUCAAAACGAAGUACCGAGCAUAGUGGUCUUGGACAAGUCAGGACUCAAAAUAACGUUCAAAUUGGAGAGACCGCCCGAUAUUCCCGAUCUGUUGGUCAUAAACAUGCUGGCUCAGAAUUCCGGAAGUAUCACUUUAACUGAUUUUCUGUUUCAAGCAGCAGUUCCUAGGACAUUCCAAUUGCAAAUGUUGUCACCGUCGAGUACUGUCAUUCCGCCGUCUGGUCAAGUAACCCAAGUGCUGAGAGUCACAAAUAUGAAUAGAACAUCUUUGAGAAUGAGAUUGCGUAUAUCGUAUACGGGUCCUGCUGGACCGGUUCUGGAACAGACAGAAGUCAAUAAUUUUCCCGUCUCGACGUUACAGUGACAAGAUGUAAUACAAAAAACAUUUGUACAUAUGCCUGCCUAAAAAUAAUUAAUCAAGUCUUGAAAACAGACUGAGAGAGAAAGAGAGAAAAAGAAAGAAAAAGUCUCUUUUUCGGUAUAGCGAAACAUACCUUUGCUAAUGGGUACAUACACACAAAACGUUUCUAUUUAAUUAAACGACUGGUAUUUGUUUUUUUUUUUAUUUUGCAAGGCAAGACAUGAUCUAAAAAAUUUUUGUAAGAAAACUUUUUUAAAUCUUCUGUUGAAACACAAAAGUACCACCAACAAAACCCAGGCUCUAUUCGAAAUCAGAUUGUAUAAAACACGCGAGGCCAACAAGAGCUUAAAACACGCUGUCGAUCGGAGCGUAUAUCAGCGGUCAAUUAAUUUCGCAUAAACAUCCCAACGGAAACUGUCUUAAAAUUUAUCCAAUUCUCUGAAUGCAUGCGCUAAACAAAAAAAAAAAAAAAAAAAAAAAAAAAAAAUGUUUUGACAAAUUCUUGCGC